AUGCGCCCAGAGGGCUCCCAAGGGCACCUAUCGCCGCAACAAGCCCUAGCCAUAUCUGCAUGGACAGAGCAACAUGCAGCGUCCCUGCAGGAAUUGACCCUAUCGGACUCAGCCCCUGCAGCGAGGAUGCCGUCCACACCGACCUCGACGCGCUCUGGUCUGCGUGGAGCGACCGUUUCCCUGUCGAUCCCUCUCGACGACGAAGCGAUCCCAUCCCAACGAGUCAAAGUCGAGUCCCGCCCCCCAACAGUCAGCUUCCGACGUCGGGAGCCUCUGCGCCGGGAUGGGCUGAAGACCCGGGAGGCUCUUCUCAAGGGUAAAGAUGGCAGUCGUCGAAGACAGCGCUGGGAGAACGAUCGUCUGUUGCACAACCCCUGGGCGGAACCGCCGUCUUCAAAGGACUGGGAUAUACAGCCCACUUAUCCUCGGCAUGAUCCGAUGCCUUACUAUCUUGCGCCUUUGUGGGACGUUCACUACUCCCAUGUAGUAGAUCAACAGUCCGCCGCGAAGGCUUCUGAGAGAGCUAACCAGAAGCAUCACAUCCCGAAAGAAUUAAGGUUAAAGCUAAAGCAUGCACGUGCUGCGCAUGGCAUGCUCCGAGAUCUGGAAGAUGAGGUCCGUACGUUUAUUCAGAAGUGGAAUGAGAGGGAGCUUCUGCUUGAGACAGAGGGGUUGCGGGAUGCUCCCGAGAACUUGAGUGAUGACUCGGAGGAUGAGAUUGUAUUCGUCGGUCGUAAUGGGCAGAUGCACGACUCUCCCGAGCGAAAGGAGAGACUUCGCCUGCUCCGAGAGGAGAUCAGCUCUCACAGCGAGCGAGAGGGUGAGAAAAUGGUUCUCGAGACUCUAGCUGAUGAUCGUGCCGCUGGAUUCGGUCGCUGGUUGGUCCACUCCAUUGCAUCCUACUAUGGAUUACACACUUGGUCUGUCACAGUAGAAGACCGACGAGAAGCCUAUGUGGGUUUCCGAGCCCCAGUCCCGGGGAGUCAUACUGGACUCGUUUCCCACCUAGCUUCCGAUUCAGAGGCCUUGAUCAAGCCUGGUGAGGAGCUUCCUCGACCUCUCUAUGCGCAGGUGUAG